AUGGCGAGCGCUACUCCACCCGCUAACGCUCCGCAACAGAAUAAACAAAGUAUAGGGUACCACAUUAUUUAUGAGAGGAUACGAUACAUAGUAGUGGAUGCUGCACGACAAACAGCGGAAGAAGUCGAUAUUAACCUCAACGAUCCUCAGGUUGGCGAAGCUGCAAAAAAGAUUCAGAACGUAUUCAGAAACAGGAAACAAGACAAGAAAUCAGCUCCAGCUCACGGCAGUGAAUCGACAGUCGAUGCCAAAGGAUGA